CACCCGCCGUGCGGGCCCUCAACACCUGCGCUGCGCCGCCAUGUCUGCAGCCCUGGCGCUGCUCGCGGCGCUGGCGACGCACGCCGCCGCUCCCUGCCUCGUGCCGCACUCCAAGGUCGAGGAGAGCUUUGCGCUGCAGGCCGUGCACGACGCCCUGGCACACGGCCUGCGCCGCCCGCAGCACUGGGACCACGUCGUCUUCGCCGGUGCCGUGCCGCGCAGCUUUGCGCCGCCGCUGCUGCUUGCCGGCGCUGUGGCCGUGCCGGUGCGUGUGUUCGGCCUGGCGGGCGAGGGCGCGCAGGUGGCCGUGCGAGUCCUGCUCGCCGUGCUCUACGUGCUCUCGCUUGUGCCGCUGCAGCGCACCCUGGCGCCCGGCCGCUCGCCGCGGGCGCGCCAGACGCGUGCAGCGGCCCUGCUGCUGCAUGCGCUCAGCUUUGCCGGCGUCUUCUGGGCUGGGCGCACCACGCCUGGCAAUGUCGUGGCGCCGGCGGUCAAUCUCGCGCUCGCCUCGCUGCUCUCUCCACGCCCGACCGUGUGGGCCCUCGUGCUGCUCGCCUCGCUCGCGGCAAUUGCGCGGGCCGAGCUUGUCGGCCUUGUGCUGCCUCUGCUGCCGCACCUGCUUGCCGCACUCGGGCUGCGGCGCUUCUUCCUCGCAACCGUGCUCAGCGUGCUGCUGCUCGGUGCCAGCGUCGCGCUCGACACCUACCGGUGGCAGCGGCCCUUUGCCCUGGCGCGCGGCGGCCUGCUCUGGGCGGAGGCCGAGGCGGCGCUCUUCAACGUCGUCGACGGCCACGCAUCGGAUUGGGGCGUGCUGCCGGCGCACGCGUAUGUCACGCGCUUCCUGCCGCGCCUGCUCUCUGGUGCGCUGCUGGCACUGCCGUUCGGCAUUACUUCUCUUCUCUCUGCCCCACGCGAGAGCGCGACAGCCGAUAGAAGCGCACGCCGAGCUCUGCUUGUGGCUGCGGCUCACGUCGCGCUCAUGUCGGCGCUGCCGCACAAGGAGGCACGCUUCGUCGCGCAUACGCUGCCGCUCUGGCUGCAUCUGGCUGCGCGCGGGCUCGUGACGCUCACGCAUGGCCCGCUGCCGCUGCCAAAAGCGCUCUCCGCGCAAGGCUUCGUGCGCUUCGGUGCGCGACUUGGGGCGGGCAUCGUGGUGCUGCUCUGCAUGCUGCAUCUCGGCAUCGGGCACGCCGCCAGCGCAGCCAACUAUCCCGGCGGCGAGGCGCUGCGCUGGCUGCACGAGCAUCCCCCUGCUGCACCCGUGCAUCUCCACAUCGAGCCGGCGGCCGCACAGAGCGGCGUGACGCUGUUCAACUCGCGCUUCCUGCCACGCCCGGCCGACGCCUGGCUGGCCGCGCCGCCGCAGCAGUGGGUGUACGACAAGCGCGAAGGCGUGCAGCCCGACGACGAGGCGUACUGGCGCCGCGUGACGCACCGCCUCGCCGAUGCGCCGUGUGCCAGCCUGGCGGCACCGCACGCCGGCGUGCGCUGGCGCGACAUGCGCCCGCCGGCGACGGACUUUGCCGGCUGGCGGCGCAGCGGCUGGCGCCUGGAGCCGCGGCGGCAUGCGCGUGUGUGGGUGUGCGAGCGUGCCGACCGCGAGCGGUGAGGCGCCGUGUUAAGAAGAAU